GGUGCCCAAGUGUCGCGUCCCGUCCCGGCCUCCCUGACACCACCCGCGGCCGCCUGCCUCCUCACUCCUCUUCAAUUUUUGAAAUAAUGGCUACCAAUUUUAAAGUACUGACUGAAGACGCUCAGUUUCAGCCUGAGCUAAGCCAGGCGGGCGGCAGACUAGUGGUGGCGGACUUCACCUCGGCAAGAUGUGGGCCAUGCCAGCGGAUAGCGCCCUUAUUUGAAGAAAUGGCAGCAAGAUUUCCAAAUGCAGUAUUUCUGAAGAUUGAUGUGAAAGAGUGUACAGCUGCAGCAUCUUCACAGGGUGUUUCAGCUACGCCUACAUUCAUCUUCUAUAGAAAUAAGACCAAGCUUGAUAGCUUACAAGGAGCAGAUCCAGAAACUUUGGAGGCUAGAAUCCGGCAACAUUAUGGUGAUGGAGAGGGUGAAGAAGUUGAAGACUCUGGUGUACCAGGACACAUUGAUUUAAUCCCAAUGAUUAAUAAGGCUGGUUGUGAAUGUUUAAAUGAAAGCGAUGAUCAUCCUUUUACUCAAGCAUUGACUUCAGCUGGUGGUUACCUGGAAUCGGAUACAGAUGAGCAGUUAAUUUUGUACCUGUCAUUCAAUCAAGCGGUGAAGUUGCAUAGUAUAAAAUUUAAAGGACCAGCUGAGAAUGGGCCAAAGGUUGUAAGGCUGUUCAUCAAUCAACCACAUACCAUUGAUUUUGAUUCUGCCGAGAGUGCCAAUGCAGUCCAGGAAUUAACGCUAUCUACAAAGGAUUUGGAUGGUGAGCUGAUACCUCUUAAGUAUGUAAAGCUUCAGAAUGUGAUGAACUUGACAUUAUUUGUCAAGAACAACCAGACUGAUGCAGACACAACUCAAAUCUCGUACAUUCAAAUUAUUGGGUCUCCUGUGCAAACCACAAAAAUGUCAGACUUCAAACGUGUAACAGGGAAAAAGGGUGAAAGUCACUGAUCAUAGGUUAAGAUUAGUGCAUACAAAAAAUUUCAUUUUAAAAGGCCCUUCAAAAUUAAUAUAUAGUUGUCAUUCAUUAAACUUGUUUUCAUUCAAUUGAAUGUUAAGAAAUUUUAAUUAACAAUUUGUAUGUGAAAUUAACUUGCUAUAUUUUCUUUAUCAUUGAUGGUUAUAUAAUCCUAUAUAAUCCACAUUGAUGAGUUUAUAUAGUGUAAUAUAUUGUGUAAUUGUUUUUGAGUAUUUGAAAUUAUUGCCUUUUGUUAAAUUGCAUUACUGAUGCUGUACUGUACAGUACUUGAUUUAUUACAUUAUAAGUACUGUAAUUGCAUUAUUUAAUGUCCUGGGAAAAAUGCAUCCAGUUGGUAUUGGUUUAAACAAUAAAAUGAGAACCUUAUAUUUAUCUUAAUAUUUUCCAUGUAUUCACAAAAGCAAAUUCUAGCUCCACUAGUACUUGAUAAUCAGGAUUCAUUAAUUUACAGUAGAGAGAAUUUGUAUUUAUAUUGAAGAUAUGUGUAGACAUUCUCACAUCCUGCCUGAGUGCAUUAUAUUCUGGAAAGCAACUUGAUUCUUCUUAUAAGAAAAUUUGAAGACAUGAGAAAUAUGAAACAGCUGUAGAUGGUUCUUAUGUCACUGAAGAAGUAUUAUAAAAAAAAAUGAGGUUUGGUGGUCCAUAAGUGCCUUUUUUGGUGUGUGGCUUAGAUUAUCAUAAUGAGGAUAUCAGCUGGAAAAGUGUUUUAAAAAAUUGUUGCUAAAUUUAUAUGCUGUAUUUAGAGGUGGACUGUGGAAUAUUUCAUAAGAAAUGAAUUAGACUGUUAGCUAUGUAGUUUCUACAUAGAGCUUGAAGAUCAUGCUCAGAGAAAUUAAAGGUGUUGCAUAAUGUCUUCAAUGAUAUUGGAGCUGGUAACCUAGGGAAAGAAACAUGUUAGAAGGAACUGGAACAUUGGCUGCAAUGUUUUGAUGGAUAUGAGUAGACUAGGUAAUAGUGGGUUUGACCGAGAGACUUUAGAUUACAAAGAAGCUGAAGCUGCAGUGAAGAGUAAGAUGUGUUAAUAAGAGAGGAUACUGGAUAUGGCAUUAGAUUCAAUGGAGGGUUGUAAUGAAGUAAUUUUCGAGCUGAAAAGUAGAUUUUCUUUCUUGACCCUCACAAAGAGUAGCUUGGCCUUAUUCUUUACCCUCCAUUUUUUUUUAUUGCUGGAAAACCAGUUUGUCUCUGGCAAAAUACUCUCUCUCAGUAGUAUGUGAAUAAUGUAGGCUAAAAUUAUAUAAAGACAUUUAUAAUCUAAGAUAAUAUAAAAUAUUUAAAAAAAUGUAUUCCUUUUUUACAGUAUCCUAUACUUCGAUCUAAAUCUCUUACACUAUUGUUUCACAUUAUCCCUAAUAAUAGCUUAUUUGUUUUGAGGGGCAUAAUUGUUUUUAGAUAACUUUGAGUUUGAAUAUAUUCACUGCAGAUUUGAAGCUUGUGCUUAAUAAUACCAGCAUUGUUACAAUGGUGUAUAUUGAUAUUGGAGAAAGUGUGCCCCUAUGUGGAAUUCUGAAGAUAAUUUAUUUUCAAGAAGUGAAUUUUUAACAUUGGCAGUCCGGCCUCUAUGUUAUCGACCAUAAAUGUUCCGAGCUUCCCAGGCUGCUCAGCGCUUAAAAUAAUUGUAAACAUUUUUUUGAAGUUUUCCAAGUUAUUUGUUGGGUUAUACAGUACCUAUAAAUUUGGUGUCAAAAUGCUUGCAAGUGAAUAGUCAAGAGAAUAAAUGUAAAUACUGUA